UCUAAACAGACCAUAUCUUUCCCUCUUUUCAUUACCAAUACCAAAGAUGGAGCUGCAAGAAGUCGAAAAGAGAUUAAAAAGAGGAGGAGGAGAAACAAAAAGGGAGGAAGAGAAUUUGGUUCAUGAUUCAUCUAUAGAUUACAAAGGAACAGUUCCUCUACGUGCUUCAACAGGCGUUUGGAAAGCUUCUCUGUUUAUCAUCACUAUUGAAUUUAGUGAGAGGCUGAGUUACUUUGGAAUAGCAACAAAUCUCAUCACGUACCUCACCGAAGUGCUUCAUCAAGACAUCAAAACCGCAGCAAAAAAUGUGAACUAUUGGACAGGAGUGACGACAAUCAUGCCUUUAAUCGGAGGGUUCUUAGCAGAUGCCUACACUGGUCGAUUCAACAUGGUUAUGUUUUCAUCCCUCAUAUAUCUAAUGGGUCUGAGUCUCUUGACAAUGUCGCAAUUCAUCCCAAGUCUAAAGCCUUGCAAAACGAAGAUGUGUCGACAGCCUAGAAAGCUUCAUGAAGUGUUACUUUUUGUUGCGUUGUACUUCAUCUCUGUUGGAACCGGAGGUCACAAGCCAUGUCUUCAAAGCUUUGGCGCUGACCAAUUCGACGAUGAUCACUUGGAAGAAAGAAAGAAGAAAAUGUCCUUCUUCAACUGGUGGAACUUUGCACUUUGUUGUGGGCUGUUUCUUGGUGUAACUGUGAUUGUUUACGUUCAGGACUCAGUGAGCUGGGGCGUAGCAGAUCUUGUUCUCACAAUCACCCUGGCUAUUGCAAUAGUGACGUUUUAUAUGGGGAAGUAUUGUUACCGUUAUAGAGUGGCACAAGGAAGCCCUUUGAGACCCAUGCUACAGGUCUUGGUUGCAGCCAUUAGAAAAAGAAAUUUGCCCAAUCCUCAAAACCCUGAUCUGCUAUUUGAAGUUCCCAAGUCAGAGAAGUGCUCCCAAGGAAGGCUUCUACUUCACACAAAUAGGCUCAGGUUUCUAGACAAGGCCGCAAUAAUUGAAGAGAAUGAGAACUACCCAUCUUGUGAACAGAAGCACAACCCUUGGAGAUUGGCUACAUUGACAAGAGUGGAGGAGUUGAAACUCAUCUUGAGCAUGAUCCCCAUUUGGCUCACCUCAUUAACAAAUGCAGUGUGUUUGGCACAAGCCCCGACCUUCUUUGUUAAACAAGCUGCUACUAUGAACCGAAAUAUUACUAACAACUUCAAGAUCCCACCAGCCACCAUUUUCUCUCUUGGAGCCAUAGCAAUGCUAAUCUCAGUCACUGUCUAUGACAAAAUUCUUGUUCCAAUUCUACGGAAAGCCACCGGAAAUGAAAGGGGUAUGAAUAUCCUCCAUAGGAUCGGAUUUGGGAUGAUACUUACGGUGAUAGCAAUGUCCGUGGCAGCACUUGUUGAACGAAAAAGGCUAAGAUAUGCAGAUCCACAAGCUAUGAGUGUGUUCUGGUUAGCACCCCAGUACAUAAUUCUUGGUGUAGGGGAUGCAUUUGCUCUGGUCGGUUUGCAAGAGUAUUUCUAUGACCAAGUUCCUGACUCAAUGAGAAGUUUAGGGGUUGCUUUGUACUUGAGUGUGAUUGGGGUUGGGAGCUUCUUGAGCAGCUUUUUAAUUAUUGCUAUAGAUCAUGUUACAGAGAAGGAUGGGAGGAGUUGGUUUGGGAAGGACUUGAGUGGAAGCCGCUUGGACAAUUUCUUCUGGCUUUUGGCAGCCAUGAAUGGGUUGAAUUCAUGUGUUUAUGGGUAUUUGGCUAGGGGUUAUACCUACAAGAAUGUGGAGAGGAGAGUAGUUUUGGGUGAUGAUUCUGUGACUAAUGGAAAUGACCAAUCCAUGGCUUAAUUUGUGUACAUAUGGAAUCCUGCGGUGUUAUUUAGUGAUUGCUUCCUUGAUA